AUGACGGGGCGCGCCCGAGCCCGAGCGCGGGGCCGGGCCCGCGGGCAGGAGAUCGCGCAGCACGUGGGCGCCGCCGCGAGCCAGCAGCCGGGGUUCAGCCAGCCGCGCCCCUCGCAGCCGCUGUCGGACGCGGACCUGGUCGGCAGAGGGCGGCAGAGAGGCCCCAUGGGAGCCGCAGCCAAGUCCCAAGAGCUCCAGAUCUCCGCCGGGUUCCAGGAGUUAUCCUUGGCCGAGCGCGGAGGCCGCCGCCGCGACUUCCAUGAUCUGGGCGUGAACACCAGGCAGAACCUGGACCACGUGAAGGAGUCCAAGACCGGCUCCUCGGGCAUCGUCGUGCGGCUGAGCACCAACCACUUCCGGCUGACGUCACGGCCGCAGUGGGCGCUGUACCAGUACCACAUCGACUACAGCCCGCUGAUGGAGGCCCGGAGGCUGCGCUCCGCCCUGCUCUUCCAGCACGAGGACCUCAUCGGGCGCUGCCACGCCUUCGACGGGACCAUCCUCUUCCUGCCCAAGCGGCUGCAGCACAAGGUGACGGAGCUGUUCAGCCAGACGCGGAACGGGGAGCACGUGAAGAUCACCAUCACGCUCACCAACGAGCUGCCGCCCACCUCGCCCACCUGCCUGCAGUUCUACAACAUCAUCUUCCGGAGGCUUCUGAAGAUCAUGAACCUGCAGCAGAUCGGACGGAAUUACUACAACCCCAGCGACCCGAUCGACAUCCCAAACCACAGGUUGGUGAUCUGGCCGGGCUUCACGACCUCCAUCCUGCAGUACGAGAACAACAUCAUGCUGUGCACGGACGUGAGCCACAAGGUGCUGCGCAGCGAGACGGUGCUGGACUUCAUGUUCAGCCUCUACCAGCAGACGGAGGAGCAUCGCUUCCAGGAGCAGGUGUCCAAGGAGCUCAUCGGCCUCAUCGUGCUCACCAAGUACAACAACAAGACCUACCGCGUGGACGACAUCGACUGGGACCAGAACCCCAACAGCACCUUCAAGAAGGCGGACGGCUCGGAGGUCAGCUUCCUGGAGUACUACCGCAAGCAAUACAACCAGGAGAUCACGGACCUGAAGCAGCCGGUGCUGGUCAGCCAGCCCAAGAGGCGGCGCGGCCCGGGCGGCGCGCUCCCCGGCCCGGCCAUGCUCAUCCCCGAGCUGUGCUACCUCACAGGCCUGACGGACAAGAUGCGCAACGACUUCAACGUGAUGAAGGACCUGGCCGUGCACACGCGGCUGACGCCCGAGCAGCGGCAGCGCGAGGUGGGCCGGCUCAUCGACUACAUCCACAAAGACGACAACGUGCAGCGGGAGCUGCGGGACUGGGGCCUGAGCUUCGACUCGAACCUGCUGUCCUUCUCGGGCCGCGUCCUGCAGGCGGAGAAGAUCCACCAGGGCGGGAAGACGUUCGAGUACAACCCGCAGUUCGCGGACUGGUCCAAGGAGACGCGGGGCGCACCGCUCAUCAGCGUGAAGCCGCUGGACAACUGGCUGCUGGUGUACACGCGCAGGAACUACGAGGCAGCCAACUCGCUGGUGCAGAACCUGUUCAAGGUCACGCCGGCCAUGGGCAUCCAGAUGAAGAAGGCGGUCAUGAUCGAAGUGGACGACAGGACGGAGGCCUACCUGCGGGUCCUGCAGCAGAAGGUCACCUCGGACACCCAGAUAGUGGUGUGCCUGCUGUCCAGCAACCGGAAGGACAAGUACGACGCCAUCAAGAAGUACCUGUGCACCGACUGCCCGACCCCCAGCCAGUGCGUGGUGGCCCGCACGCUGGGCAAGCAGCAGACGGUGAUGGCCAUCGCCACCAAGAUCGCCCUGCAGAUGAACUGCAAGAUGGGGGGCGAGCUGUGGAGGGUGGACAUGCCCCUGAAGCUGGUGAUGAUCGUGGGCAUCGACUGCUACCACGACACCACGGCCGGGCGGCGCUCCAUCGCCGGCUUCGUGGCCAGCAUCAACGAGGGCAUGACCCGCUGGUUCUCGCGCUGUGUGUUUCAAGACCGAGGCCAGGAGCUGGUGGACGGGCUCAAGGUCUGCCUGCAAGCCGCGCUGCGGGCCUGGAACACGUGUAACGAGUACAUGCCCAGCCGCAUCAUCGUGUACCGCGACGGCGUGGGCGACGGGCAGCUCAAGACGCUGGUCAACUACGAGGUGCCGCAGUUCCUGGACUGCCUCAAGUCCGUGGGCCGCGGCUACAACCCCAGGCUGACGGUGAUCGUGGUGAAGAAGCGUGUGAGCGCCCGCUUCUUCGCUCAGUCCGGGGGCCGCCUGCAGAACCCGCUGCCCGGCACCGUCAUCGACGUGGAGGUCACCCGGCCCGAGUGGUACGACUUCUUCGUGGUGAGCCAGGCGGUGCGCAGCGGCAGCGUGUCCCCCACCCACUACAACGUCAUCUACGACAACAGCGGCCUCAAGCCCGACCACAUCCAGAGGCUCACCUACAAGCUGUGCCACAUCUACUACAACUGGCCCGGCGUGAUCCGCGUCCCCGCGCCCUGCCAGUACGCGCACAAGCUGGCCUUCCUCGUGGGCCAGAGCAUCCACCGCGAGCCCAACCUGUCGCUGUCCAACCGCCUGUACUACCUCUAG